GAAGUAAAAUAAGUGAUAAAGUGGCCUUCAGAUAACAAUUUGUGAGAAAGUGAAAAUCAAAGCACGAGACUUUUAAAAACUUGGUUUUAAUUCUGAUUUCUUGUUUUCUUCAUAAAAGGAGAAGCAUGAUUUCUGGGAGGAAGCCACCUAUCACCUAGACUGUGAUGGAUAAAACAUUCUACCUUUUAGUGUUAGAUGUGUCAGUCCAUCAAAAAUUAUGAUCAGAACCCGUGCCACAGGAUUUUACAGUGUUUUAGCAACUGCUAUUUCUUAUAUGUUUUUUUUUCUAAUGACUUUUUAAAAUUUAUUUUUAUUUUUAAUUUUUUUUAUUUCCAUCUAUUUCCAGCUGCCAUUCUGCUGCUGAAGUGAAACUGUCCAGGCGGGUUGUUGAGAGUCUCCAUUUCAUGGUAUGCGCAGCCUUCUCUGAGCUGGGACCAGCACGCUGGCGCUCCAGGGACUUCUGGCUGCUCCUGCUGCUAGUAGUUCUGCUUUGGUUCGUGAGACUUUACCUACAUUAUUUGAGCCAAUGGCUCUUCCUUCAGGCCAUCUCGGUUCCAGUUACAAAAUUCCAGCUUUUCCCUCACACUGUUGAACUGAUCUACCAGAACUCCUUGCUGCAGACCAGUGAAGAGUUGGUCAUGGUUGUGGUGGGACCCCUAACCUUGAACGCAGGGCUGCUUCUUAUGGUCCUGAUCAGAUGGGUCUGUCAGCAGCUGUUUGACUCAUACCCUUCCUUCUUGUCAAAGUUCAUCAUAGCUAUGGGACUCUGGACAGUGCUAGACCCCUUGGCAGUGUUCAUAGUGGAUUCAUUCCUGGGGCGACUUGGAAACAGUGUAGAGAAACCCAUUGCUGAUGCUGCAAAGCUCUACUGGGUCUUCUUAAGAGCAGAGGAGUCAGGGAUUCCUGGUGCCUUAAUCACUGUGAUGCUUUAUACAAUCCUGUUCAUCAUCUCCUCAACAUUGUUGUACCUGUACUUUUUAAGGCUAUAUAGCGAAGGUUGGCUCUUGGAUGUAUUUCGACGCAUUCACGGUGAGGAAGGCACAUUCUUUGUUCCACUGGAUUUGGAGAUAUCCAUUCAGGAGCUGAGCUACAUUAUGAAGAGAGCUGAGCAGUGGAGAGGAAUCAAUGGUGAAAGACGGAUGGUGGCAGUGUCUGAUUACAUCUGGAAGGACCACACCAGCAAGCCUGGUGUCUCCAGCUGUGACCUCCAGCACCAGGAUGAAAUCCCUGACUCCGCAGCUACCUCGAGAGGUAGCACCACCGUUCACAUCUCUGUCUACACUGUACAUCUCAGCGGUUUCCAGGAGCUCUACAGGCACUUCCUCAGGCUACCUGAUGGGGCUAUCAUUGAGGCAUUUGGUGAUAUUGCUGGAGAAAGUCUUUUGUAUAAUGAAAUGAGCACAGCCCAGGAGUGCAUAAGCAAAAGGGACAGUGUGCUGCACACAUCUUCACGUAUCAAGCUGAGGGAGAGGAAAAAGUGUACAGCAAAGUGGAAAGGAAAUCACGUUGUCUCCAACAAGAACUAAUUCCCUCAGUAAUGUGUAGCCGGCAGAGUUGUUUACAUCCUGAUCCAUAGCCAUGGUAUGGUUACUGUCUGAGAGGAUCUACAGUUCUGACAUCCACACCUCUGUGCAUACAGUGCUGUCCUGCAAAUUCUCCAUCCAUAGCUUUUCUGUGGCUUCAACAAGCUUUUCAGGGUGGUGAGAUCAGAUCACAGAUCGGAUCAUGCAAAUAUAAUUAUUUCAUAUGAUAUUUUUUCCUUCCAAAUAGUGUGACAUUCCUAGAUUUCUCAGGUUUGCUUGUUCGUGCUUUUUGUGGUGAUGGAGAAAAUGUUACUGACUUGUCUUUCAAGUUUCAUGACUAAAACUUUGACAGUGUUUUCAGCAAUUGUUCAAAGCACAACACUAUUUAAUUGCAAGGCUGUAAAGAUGCCCAGAAGAGGAACAAUGGUGGCUUCAUGCCACCAGUUCUGUAGCCAAGUCCCAACAGGCUGCAAAACUUACAAGAUCCCAGAGAAGAUAAUUUUGCUGGGGUCUUGAUGUUGGUCAGACCUGCUUCCCUGGGAGCUACAGCAGCUUAAAGCAACCUGGAGGUUAUUCUCAUGCUCUUUAGUUUGAAACAGUUAGUGCCUAUUCUAUUUGGUUUCAUACAAAUGCAUAAGAAAUGAAGUUCAUGCCCCAAAGGCAACGACUGCGAGAGACAACAGAAGGAGAAAAGGUGAAAAAAGGCAAGAAAGGUGAAAUCAUUUGUUCAAGGUCACCAGUGUCAGAAGCAAACAUACUAAUAAAGGGCAGACUGCCACUGCCCUGACUCUUGGUCUUCCCUGUACUAGGGUCCUUUUUGUCCUGAAAAUGCAGAUGAAAAUGGGAGAAGUCUUACCUUCCUGCUAUAUUGAACCAUUCAUGUAGAAAACAUGUAAUCAAUUGACACAGUAAUCAAUGAUGUUUUUCUAAAAUGUAUGCUUUUCCGAUGUCCCUUUGUUCACACUGGUACAGUAAAACCUUUUCAGAUGCAUUUACCUUUGCAAGGUCUUUCCCAGUGUCUUGAACAUUGUUGAUUAAUUUUGAUUCUUAGAUCUAUGUUUCUCAUCCAUCUGACUAAUCAUUAAGAUGGUAUUAGGUAGUAACCUGAAGGUUUAAAUUUCACUCCUGAAAAUGUUUUUUCUUUGGUUUUGCAAGAUAACAAUUUGGUUUCUACUGUUUUUUUCUUCUUCUAAUUGAUUUGUAUGCAUGUGCAUACACGUGUGUGUGUGUUACACCCAGACAGAAAUGGUGUUAAGAAUCUUCUGAAUAUCUACCAGAAGUGAUGUGAUUUCUGUGGGUUGUAUUGCAUCAGUUAUUACUUGGAUGACUUCUCUCUGUCAUAACAGGAAUAAAAAUUGCCUUUUUAAUGCUUGCUUUGCCUGUUGACACUUUAAACUAUUGUGCAUAAUAUUGGAAAUGAAACUAGCUGAAGAGAAACCACUCCGUCACGGAAUUUUUCUGUGGAUUUUUUCCAUCUGAGCAAAGUCGUGUUUUUCACCGAUUGCCCCAGUAUUUGGGGUAAUACCAAUUACCCCACAAUGAGUGACUGACACAAUCAAUGGAGUGGAGGCCACUGGGAUUGCUUGUGUACAUGACCGUCCUCUGCUGUGAGUUGCAGUGAUGAUCUGUCAUCUAAUGCAUUUUACAACUGAGAGUACCAAGAAGACAACAUGCUGUGGGCACACCAUACUUUUUGCAUCUUCUUGGCUUCAGUUUUGUCUUUGAAUGUGACUGAAUGUAAUGGUAAAACCUCCUUUGGGCAAUGUUAUAUCUUAGGUUUCUCACCACUGAAUUAAAAUAUCCCAGUCUGGUUCUGUGAAAUUUUGACUUUAGUGUUGGUAACAUGCCAUUAUUUUGUUUAAUGAAAAGACUGACUUUACAUGAGGAACCACCACACCUUCAGUUCUGAUAUGAAUAUGCUGAUCUUUUAACAAAUGUGGAUCUAGUCCUGAGACUUUGUUCAGCAUGAAGGAUUUGAUUCACCACUUCUAUUCCUUCAGUUAUGUUGGCAUGUCUCCACUGAUUUUUGUCUGAUCUAGGAUGCAAAAUUCUGCAACAGUACCUAUUGUUGAAAGCGGAAUUUAAAGUAUUCCUAAAUAUCAGAUAAAUUUAUCUUACAUUUUUGCUGAAAAUAUAAAAUCCUACCUAUUAAUUUUGGUUUUCAAAUCCUGUGAGUUCCCAUAAUUUCUGGUUGAUGUACACUGGGUGACAUUGGCUUUGCAAUUGUUUUCUGAAGUGCUUUUAUCAGCAACAUCGACCAUAAUGCUCAGUUAUAGUAGGAUAGUAAUUGGCUGUCUAUACAAUGUUCCUUUACAACAAUUUUCUCCCGUGUAGCUGUAUAUAUGUAGUCAUUACUGAAAAGUGUAAAUAAAGAAUCCUUUUAGUGGUGUAGUUUCCCUAGGUACCUACUGUGCUCUUAUUAUCUAAAACAUACUCCCCAUCUGUAGUUCUGUUCUAUUUAAGGAUAGAGACAUAAGUAUGAAUUAAAAAUUAAAAUGCUUGUUGUAGAUUGGAGAGCAAGGUCUAUUAGAAUAUAUCUGGUGCUAGGCUCACAGUACAGUAGAUAGAUUACACUGAGCACCAGUUAAGCAAGGGGAUGAAAAAUGAGUGAUUUUCAUCAUUCAGUUAAAUAUAGUGCUAAGUGGUAUGUGCUAGCAUUAAAAGCAAAUUACUUAGCACUUCACCAAUCACAGCAUGAGAGCAUUCCAUUGGAAGCAGUAUUUCCAGUGAUGCUCAGUCCUUGGUUUUAUUAAAUAAAUCAGCUCUUAAUGCGUAAGGAAACAGUUGAAGACAUAUCACUAUGAUAAUAAAAAGAUUGAAAAUGUAAAAAUAAAGAGCAGCAGUACCUUGUUUUAAUGAAAUGCCCUAAGAAAACCUCCCCCUCUCUUAACAACAAAACUCCAAAGUGCUGGUAGAUCUGUAAUAUUUGCAUCUCCUGUAUCUUCUUUAAGUCUUCCUUUCGUACUAAUGAAUUUGACCUUUCCUCUUUUUUUUUUUUUUUCCCUUCUUCUUUAUAAUGACAUCUUUUUUUCUCAUAAAUCUGCUGCCAUGUCACUGAACAUUUUGAUGAGCUUUUCUGGUUCCCUUUUAUAUCUCCUUGAUAGGAUAUUAUUAUCCAGUAAUCUAGAGAUGGGGAGCCUGAUCUUCAGCACAGGUUUUUUGGUUGCUCAGUUAAAGAUGAUGAAGAUGUGAGAAUUUACAGCAGAAGAGGUCUUGACAUUGAGGACUACCUUUAUAUCAAGCAGCAAUGCUAUUUACUCCAAAGCAAUGGGCAUAGGGAGGCACUCAAAUCUGCUGCCUGAACAUGUGGAAGCUGUGAGAAGACAUAAACUGAUCUCAGACUAUUCCUAAGCUUCCUCCUCCUCUGAAAUAGGAGUCAUCUGGCAGAAGCUGCACAACAAAAGUCCUGGAAAUGACACAUGCAGGAGAUGGCUCAAGGUCUCAGCCACAGCUGCAUCUUUGCCAGCAAGAUCAAAAAGGAGAGAAAAUUACAGCUCAGGUGUCAAAAUUACAAGAUUGAGGAUACCAUACAUGAAGCUGCCUUGAGUCCUUAAUGCUUUCCCUGGUGUCAUUCUUUGGGGAAUCUUAUUUUAAGGGUUUUUGGUUUGUUUGGUUUUGGUUUGGUUUGGCUUUUUUGGUCUUUUAUUUUUUUUUUCCUUGUUUUGGUCUUUUUAAUGACUAGGUUAGAAAGCUGUUUUCUUUUUUAAGAGAAAAAGGUAGGAAAUGGGGGACAAGUGAAAGGAUGAAGACCAAAAGUUUCCUGUCAGUAUGUAAUUGUAGGAACUCGUACAGCCACCUCAUCUGGGAUUCGUUGUAAACAGGACAGUCAGAUAUUUUCUUUGGUCAGGGGAGGAAAGAUGCAUCAGCUUAAACUUGUUUCAAAUACUACUUAUUUCUGGGUAUUUUUGGAGACAGGGUGAAGAACCAUCAUGAAGGGAUGUUAGAUAGUUCAUCUAUUUUAGUACAAAGGUUGGCUGGGGGUGUUUUGAGUUUUAUUCUGGUCCUACAUUUCUGAGGAUCUGUGAAAACGAUGAGAUCUGCUCACAACAAGUACCUUUUCCAUUUGUGCUUAACAACACUUUAGUGAAAUCAGCAUGGUCCUAUACAGCAGAAAUCUUUUCACUAAUUGUGUGGGAUAAUAAUGUUUGACCUGAAAGACUAUUUUGUAAAAAUCUUGGCUUUUUUAAAAAAAAUGUUUCUCUGUGAAAAAAUUUGUCAUUUUUUUUACAAUAUAUGUUCUCAAACAACGUGUUUAAGUAAUGAUUCCUUCUCUUGCUGCAGCAGAUUUUCAUUCUAAUUCCCUACCUGCUUCUACUUAGAUAUGCAGAUAUGCACUCAAAAGUCUUUUUUUGUUUGUUUGUUUUUUCCUUGUUGUACAAAGUCUUUAACUGAAGUACUUCCUUAAACCUUUAAACAGCACACAUUCUUUUUGGUACCAAAAUAAGACUUCAUUCUCAAAAUAUUUAAGGACUUAAUAUUUAACCUAGUUUUCAAACACAGGAUUCCUUUUUACAUUUUCUUGGCUGACAUGUAAUGGUUCUGAUGCAUCUUUUCUGGGUAUGCCAAUCCUGUCAUAUACACUAAUAUGAAAUAAUGACACAAGGUUGACUUAACUAGACAUAAUAGGGAAUGUUUCUAAAACAUUCUGUAUGGAAGGUAUAUGCACAGAUCUUGCUACUUGUUAAUGAAAUUGGAGAAGUUCCUCAUCAGCACUAUGACAUAUAUUUAUAAUAGCCCCUUAUUCCGAAGGCGCUGAGUCCUUACAUAAUAAAAAAAAAAAAGACACAA